ACACGAUGAGAAGAUGAAUUUUCAUAUAAAGAACUUACAAAUUGGAGUUAAAAUGAGAAAGAUAUGAAAGAUUAAAGUUGAAGGUCCAACAAUGGUGGAAAUCCGAGCUUUGAUGAGGAAGAAGACACCCUUUUUGAUCUGAGUUGGGUGUGAGAUGGUGUGUUUUGAGUUGGGGAUGGAAGAGAGCUUUUAUAGCUGGAUUUUUGUGGAAGGCGGCCAGAAGGGCGGUCGCCCUCCGGCCAUGGUCGGCAGCCUUCCAUCAAAUCACCGACAAAGCUGCGUGCACGCGACAAAUCCGCCGCAGGCGCCCGUGGAGGGCAGCCGCCUAUUUGACCGCCUCCCGUCUUGUCUCAGCGACCGGCAGCUCAAAAGUCACAUCGCGCCGCAGGCGGCCACGGAGGGCGGCCGCCUACCGGCCCUUGUCGACAGCCUUCCAUUAUUUUGUCGCCAUGCAAAGCCCUGUGUGCUGAAACUGUCAAAAACUCGUAGGCGCCCAGAAAGGCGGCCGACUUAUCGACCGCCUCACGUCAAAUGGAAACGUUGUCUUCACCAAAGUUGUAUAUCUCUUUCUUGGCUAACUACUGGUUUUUGAAUUACAUUCAUUGGAUUUGUAGUUAAUGAGAUAUGACCAAAACGGUGAGCAUGUGUCACUUUCCAUCCCAAUUGCAAAUGUCUGACUUCUUUGAGCAAUAUGUCC